CAUUUUGUUAUACACCACUAGAGGGCAAGCUUGACUUCAAUUUACAUCACAUCCGGUACCAGGCAGCUGAUGGAGGGAAGUCAGCGCUGUUAGCCACUCUGAUGAGCGCAGCUAUGGCUCGGCCUCUGUUUGGUGGUGCAUUAUCAGCUGUUUUUCCCCCCAGUGCCCAGGAUAUCAGUGAACUGAGACAGAUCCCUGAUAAUCAAGAAGUGUUUGCUCACUCUCAGACAGAUCAGAGUAUUAUCACUGAAUUGCUGGAGUACCAAAGCCAAGUGCAAGAUGCUGACGCAGCCAGGUAUCACUUUGAGGACGUGGCUGCAAGUAACAAGGCAGUAGAGAGCGGCUCCUGGGAGAUCAGAGUGGUGGAGCAGCUCCCCAAGUCAGAGCUAACAAUGCAGGAAUGCAGUUCUGCCUGGUUACUCUCUGGAGCUCAGCUGGUCUCUAAAUUCAAUGAGGAGGCCAAGAACACCGUGAACAUUCACCUGUGCUUGUUUCGUCUGCCGCAGUACACCACUGACAUCUUAGUGAUGUUCAAUGAUCCUGUUUGUAUCAAUCCCCUCAGCAGCAGUGCCCUUGGAAAUGUGGCUGCUAUACCAUGGACACUACAGGACUUCAAGGGUGUUCUGCAGUCAUUCUGUCUACUUGACCCCGGAGUGUUUGGGUAGAUGUUUCACGUGCACAUUAAAAUGCAGUUGGUUUUCAAUAAAAAGUUUUUUUUGUU